AGAGAGAGAGAGAGAGAGAGAGAGACAGAGAGAGAGAGAGACAGAGAGAGAGAGAGAGAGCGAGAGAGCGUUAUCUCCUUCACAGCCAGCAGGGGGUGGUACAGAUAGCAGAGAGGAGAAUCAAACAGGAAGUAGGGGCCGGAGGAAGGGCCAUAUAUGGAGUUACAGAGACUAAACUGGGCAUUUUAAACAAUAGAUUAAAAAUAUACUUUAUAACAUUGACAGUAUGUGAUUAUUGAUCAGCAUGUGGUUAUUGAUCAGUAUGUGGUUAUUGAUCACUAUGUGGUUAUUGAUCAGUACGUGAUUAUUGAUCAGUAUGUGGCUAUUAAUCAGUAUAUGGUUAUUGAUCACUAUGUGAUUAUUGAUCACUAGGUGGUUAUUGAUCAGUACGUGAUUAUUGAUCAGUCUGUGGCUAUUAAUCAGUAUAUGGUUAUUGAUCACUAUGUGAUUAUUGAUCACUAGGUGGUUAUUGAUCAGUACGUGAUUAUUGAUCAGUCUGUGGCUAUUAAUCAGUAUAUGGUUAUUGAUCAGCAUGUGAUCACGGAUCAGUAUGUGGUUAUUGAGAUGCAACGAUUUAUGGUUCAAAAGUUAUUUAACUUUUUAUAAACUGUGUCACUUCUUGUCUUGUACGACAGCGUCAGUCUGAAAGGUGUUUAAACCAACACAUUCAGAGAGAAACUGUGUGACAGCUGCAGAGGGUCCCUUUGUUGUCCUUCGCUGCUGCUGCGCUAACAACGGAAGUCCAUUUGUACAGUGGCAGCAAAGAAGAAGCGACUUCCGGUUUAUAGCGCUAACAGUUAGCAUGGCUAAAAGAAGCGAAGUAUAAAGUUAAACCUAACAGUAUUGGAUCGGUGUAUAAACUCGUGUACUCUCAGAUACCAAAACCUGCAUUUUAAGCAGUAUCGGAUGUAUUUCUGAGACUGGUAUCGGUAUUGGAACAGCCCUAUUAGAAACAUGCAUGAUUGUGCAGGAUUCUUUUACCUCAUAUAACUAAGUAAUUAAUAAUGUCAGACAGAGAAAGAAUCAUUUAAAAAUACUAAAUAAUUUCAUCAUGGUAAAUAUAGAAGAUACAUCAUAUUUACUUAGUAUUUUGGUCAAACUAAUGUUCUCUUGUUUAAAAAAGUUAAAUUGACUUUACUUUAUUAGAUCAAGUAGAUAAAAGGAGAAGUUAAAUUUGGUUUUGUAAAAUUUACUUAAUUUAUUCUGUAACUUUAAGCUUGUCAGUAAGUAUAUUUGACUUGAUUCUCAUAAGUAAGUUGUUCAUGAUAACAGCACAGUAAAAUUUACUUAGUUAUAGUGUGUGCAAACUGUUACGAGGAUUUAAUCACGUAAAUCUUAUGAGCCAUUUCUUUGUGUGUGAUGUCAUCAGCACAAAAUGGAGAGGGCGGGACUUUAGAUCAAAGGACAGAAUGGAGGGGGUGGGACUUUAGAUCAAAGGACAGAAUGGGGGUGGGAUUUCAGAUCAAAGGACAGAAUGGGGGUGGGAUUUCAGAUCAAAGGACAGAAUGGGGGGGGACUUAAACUCAAAGGAUAGAAUUGAGGAGGUGGGGCUUUAGAUCAAAGGACAUUCAUAGAUCAAAGGACAGUGUCAUAGAUCAAAGGACAGUCAAAGAUCAAAGGCAGUGUCAUAGAUCAAACGCAGUGUCAUAGAUCAAGGGACAGUCAUAGAUCAAAGGCAGUGUCAUAGAUCAAAGGCAGUGUCAUAGAUCAAAGGGCAUUCAUAGAUCAAAGGACAGUGUCAUAGAUCAAAGGACAUUCAUAGAUCAAAGGACAUUCAUAGAUCAAAGGACAUUCAUAGAUCAAAGGACAGUGUCAUAGAUCAAAGGACAAGAGGUCUUAAGUAGACCCUGAAACCAAACAUUCUAAGUUUAAAGAAACAGGGAUUAAGCACAAAACUGGAUUUUUUUGCGGAAGCAAAUACAACUUCCUGGAGAUGCGGAUUGAAACAACAUCAGAGAUGAAACAAUUUCCAGAUGUUGAGGCAGUGGUGGGAGAUGAAUCCAACUUUAACACCAAAACAAAAGAGGAGCUCAUUGGAAUUAUUUCUGAGCUUCAGAUGAACCUGUUCUACAAAGACCAAGAGUCCCUGGCCAAGGUCCAGGCCACCAACAACCAGCUGGAAAGCUUGCAGACAAGACUCAUUGAAAAGGAAACCAAAAUCCUUGGGCUCACGUCAAAGCUCCAGGCUCAUGAGGACACCAUUUUUAUUCUGCAAUCAGAGUUGGACCUGUCAAAAAAUGCAAAUCUGUCGUUGGCUGACAACUUUCAGAGAAGAUCUGAGGAAGUCAGAUCUCAACAAUUGGAGACAAUCAGCAAAAAUAUGAUUUUGAUUGAGAAGCUGACAGAGGAGAAAUCCUCCCUGCAGCAGGCCGUCGAUGACCUAAAAGAAGAGGCCACACGCAGGGACAUCUUCUACAAACAGCAGCUGAGAAGCUUACAGAAAAAGCUUCAAGAAAAGGAAACCGAAAGCCUCGAGCUCACGUCAAAGCUCCAGGCUCAUGAGGAUUCCAUUUUUACGCUGCAGACGGAGUUGGAGGUGUCCAGAAAUGCAAGUGUGGCGAUGGCAGACAAAUUUAAGAGUAGAUCUGAGGAAGUCAGAUCUGAACAAUUGGAGAAAAAUUACAAAAACAUGAUUUUAAUUGAAAAGCUGACAGUGGAGAAUUCCUCCCUGCAGCAGGCUGUCAACGACCUAAAAGAAGAGGCCACACGCAGGGACAUCUUCUACAAACAGCAGCUCAAAAGUUUACAGACCAAUCUUAAUGAAAAGGAAACCGCAAUCCUCGAGCUCACGUCAAAGCUCCAGGCUCAUGAGGAUUCCAUGUUUACGCUGCAGACGGAGUUGGAGGUGUCCCAGAAUCAAAGUCUUCACUGGAAGUGUAAGGCUGACAGCUUCAACCAAGAGUUGAGGUUUGUCAGACAUCAGCUUUCAGAGACAGAAGAUGCCAACAGUAAGCAGGUUGAAGACAUGAUCCAGGAACAAUCCUCCCUGCAGCUGGCCGUCAAAGACCUGCAAGAUGAGGCAACAAACAUGGACAUCUUCCACAAACAGCAGCUCAAAAGUUUACAGACUAAUCUUGAUGAAAAGGAAACCGCAAUCCUCGAGCUCACGUCACAGCUCCAGGCCCAUGAGGGCUCUAUUUUUACGCUGCAGACGGAGUUGGAGGUGUCCCAGAAUCAAAGUCUUCACUGGAAGUGUAAGGCUGACAGCUCCAACCAAGAGUUGGAGUUUGUUAGACUUAAGCUUUCAGAGACAGAAGAUGCCAACAGAAAGCAGGUUGAAGACAUGAUCCAGGAACAAUCCUCCCUGCAGACGAGGAUAAGAGAUCUGGAAAAUGACGCGUGCAGAAAGGCGGCGUUCCACAGACAUCAGGUGGAGAGUUUACAAGCAGAACUUGACAACAAGGCGACUGAAAACUCUCAGCUUGAGUCCAGGAUAGAGGCCAACGAAGACCACAUCUCCACUCUGCAGGGUGAAAUUGAGAGGCUCCAUGAAGUAUAUGAGGAGGAACUAUCCAGGGCAAAUAACCUUAGGGGAUCUCUGGAAGGGGUCAGGGAAAUAGUGGGGGGGGAGAUCUCUUCAUGGAGACAUUUCAAAAAGGCCUGUACACCUAAAAGCAGGCGUCAAUUUAAGCUGGAGACCAUGGUUAACCAGUCUGCCAAUAUGGACAGAGCCUGCGCCCCAGACACACUCCCUAGAUCAGAACGACUGCCACAGGAGCAGCAGAGUACCUCAGGAGAAACACAGGCCUGAUAGACAGAGGCAACAAGCUUGUUUCUGUUUGUCAGGACUCUUGUGUUUGCGCUGGGUUGUCUGCUAGCGCUCUUGUUCAGCACAUAAAAUAACAGAAAAAAAACUAUAAUUCAUCUAUUCAGUUUUUCUGUACAUUAGUUCUUAAUAUUCAAAAGUCUGUUGGUAAAACUGACAAAACCUAAGUUUGGUUUUCAUCAAAAUGACUAAAACUAGACUAGUAUUUGUCCACUGUGGUUAAAUCUGUCCAAAACAACACAUCAAAAUGGUGGUAAAAAACAAAAUGAUGCUGCUGGAGACCUUUGAGGAGAAACAGGGUUUAUGUAGUUAGUGUAUGCGUGCAGACUAGGGCUGAACGAUUUGGAAAAUAAUACAAUCACAAUAUUUUUUCCCAGUUGUGAUUUGAUGUGCGAUUAUUUCUUAAGUUCCUCAUCUUAUGUAUUUUCCAACAAAAACAAGCAAUAAAUGAUUCUAUGUUGUAACCAAUACAAUAUUAGCAGGGCUUGACAUUAACUUUUUUGCUCACUGGCCACCGUGGCUUCUUGUUUUGGAAAAGUUACUAGCCACUGAACAUUUCCACUGGUCACAAUUGUGUUGAUUGAAAACAAUGUGCUACAUGCCAAAUUGAGAGGCAUCUGGCUGCAGCCCUCAGGCAAAUCUCUACGCUGGGGCGUUCGGUUGGAGACCUCUUCGCUAGGGCGAAACCUCUAUGCAGGGGGGGAAACCUCUACACUGGGGCGAAACCUCUACGCUAGGG